AUGAUGCGACCGACGACCAAUCCACUCUCGAUCAUCAAACCAAGAAGUUCCAAGCAGAGGGUUACUCGGUCAACAACAACACCAUCACCACCUCCGAUCGGCAGGCACAAGAUGCCUCUGCCAGCAGCAGCAGAAGCAGCAAACAACCACAGCAUUUGCAACUACAACAACACUGCCAGCAAUCAUCAGGGGGAUACCCACACAACGACAAACCAGGAUCGUGCCACACCCAAGCAUCCUGACCUCGAUGACAUGAUCCGAGAUGACAAGCCGGGUCGAGCCCUCCGAAAGGCACGUUGGGAGCGACACUACCCUAUCGUGGAAGGCGAGAUGGCUCAAGAGAAAUCUGUCGACUCUGACAUGUAA